AUGAGAGCGUUGUGGUGUGUGGUCCUUUGUACAUUAGUUGCUUUUGCAACAGCGCAAAAGAAUCCGCUAUUUGCAGAUGGUAGAAGCGUGAUCGUUCAUUUGUUCGAAUGGAAAUGGGAAGAUAUAGCCCUUGAAUGUGAGCGAUACUUGGGUCCUAAAGGAUUUGGAGGUGUACAGAUUUCUCCUCCAAAUGAAAACUUGGUAAUAUCUGCAAACAACCGUCCGUGGUGGGAAAGAUACCAACCCGUCAGCUACAAUUUAAUAACUAGAUCUGGUGAUGAAGCUGCUUUGGCCGAUAUGAUAAAACGUUGCAAUGCUGUUGAUGUUAGAAUUUAUGUUGAUGCCGUUAUUAACCACAUGGCUGCUGGAAGUGGUACGGGCACGGGUGGAAGCAGUAGUGACGCUGGCAACAAACAAUUUCCAGGAAUUCCCUAUGGCCCAGGAGAUUUUCAUGAUUCUUGUGCAAUCAAUAACUAUCAAGAUGCUUCUAAUGUAAGAAACUGUGAACUGGAAGGUCUUAAAGAUUUAGAUCAGAGUCACGAUUAUGUACGUCAAAAGAUUGUUGAGUACAUGAACCAUUUGGUUGAUCUUGGAGUAGCAGGAUUUAGAGUUGAUGCUGCCAAACACAUGUGGCCGGCAGACUUGGAAGCCAUUUAUGGACAGUUAAAGGAUACUCAGUUUGGUGGAAAACCAUUUAUCUAUCAGGAAGUUAUUGAUUUAGGUGGUGAACCUAUUAAAAAGACUGAAUAUACCGGAUUUGGAACGGUCUUAGAGUUCUUGUUUGGAACUAAGUUAGGAAAUUGUUUCCAAGGUUAUGAUAAAUUAACCUAUUUGGAAAAUUGGGGACCUGCAUGGGGUCUUCUUGAUGGCUUGGAUGCAACUGUUUUUAUCGACAACCAUGAUAAUCAAAGAACUGGCUCUAGUUCAAUUUUGACCUACAAAAAUCCAAAACCAUACAAAAUGGCAAUUGCUUUUAUGUUGGCUCACCCUUAUGGUACUACUAGAAUCAUGUCUAGCUACGCCUUUGACAAUAAAGAUCAACCACCACCACAAGACCAAAAUCAAAAUAUCAUCAGCCCUGGUAUCAAUGAGGAUGGAACAUGCUCCAACGGAUGGGUAUGCGAACACAGAUGGAGACAAAUUGCUAAUAUGGCAGUAUUUAGAAACGUCGUACUUGGAACUGAAAUUAAUCACUGGUGGUCUAACGGGGACAACCAAAUUGCCUUCGGUCGUGGUGAGAAAGGUUUCAUUGCAUUUACCAAUGGUGGAGACAUCAACCAAAGUCUUUCGACUGCUCUUCCAGACGGCUUAUACUGUGAUGUUAUUACUGGAAAUCUAGAGAACGGUUCCUGCACCGGAAAAACGGUGACAGUUAGUGGAGGACAAGUUUAUAUUUCAUUGGGUCAAAAUGAGGAGGAUGGAGUUUUAGCCAUUCAUGUUGGAGCAAAAUUGUGAACUAAAUAAUUAUAUAUUUUGUAUUUUUUGUAUGUUUGUACUGGGCUAAUUAAAAUUAUUUAAUA